AUGUCUGAGGCAGAGGCUCAAGCCCUGGGUCGGGGGCUGCCCCCAGAUGUGCUGGCAGAGCAGGUGGAGUUAUGGUGGUCCCAGCAGCCGCGGCGCUCGGCGCUCUGCUUUGCCAUGGCGGUGGGCCUUGUGGCUGGCUGUGGGGCCGGGGGCGUGGCACUGCUCGCCUCCACCAGCAGUCGCUCGGGCGAGUGGCGGCUGGCCGCGGGCACUGUGCUCUGCCUCCUGGCCCUGCUGGUGCUGGUUAAGCAGCUGAUGAGCUCAGCCGUGCAGGACAUGAACUGCAUACGCCAGCCCCAACAUGUGGCCCUGCUGCGCAGCGGUGGCGGUGCCGAUGCCCUUGUGGUGCUGCUCAGCGGCCUGGUGCUGCUGGUCACCGGCCUGGCACUGGCUGGCCUGGCCACCGCCCCUGCCCCUGCCCGGCCACUGGCCGCCAUGCUGUCCGUGGGCGUUGCCCUAGCUGCCUCUGGCUCACUCUUGCUCCUGGGCCUGCUGCUGUAUCAGGUGGGUGUGAGCGGACACUGCCCUCCCGUCCGCGCAGCCACCCCCUCCAGCCACAGGGAUCACGGCGGCAGUGGCAGCAUCUUCAGCAUCUCAGGACGGCUGUCUGCUGGCCAGCGUCACGAGACCACGUCCAGCAUCGCCAGCCUCAUCUGA